AUGUCAUUAAAGCAUAGUUCUGAUCAAUUAAUUCAAAUAAAAUGUUCUUAUCUAAUAGAUAAAUAUAAAAAAAAACUAAAGAAGUUAAAAGAUUUUAAAAAUGAAUUGAAGUUAUCUUUUGAAAAAAAAAAUAAAGCAUAUUAUGUUAAUAGAUACCUACUAAACAAAGAAAAAGAAGAAUUAUACAAAGAAUUUAAUAAAAAAAAAGAACUAGAAAUGGAAUCAUUAGAGAGAAAAAAGGACCUUUACAAUAGCUAUUUUGCAGAUAUAUUUUUAUAUGAGCAAGAAUAUUAUCAAUGUAUAUAUAAAGUAUUCAAAAAUUUGCUACUAAAAAAAGAAGAAAUUGAUGAAAAAGAAAAAUACGUGAUCAAAUUACAUGAAUAUGCACAUAUGAUGUUUUCUGAUAAAAAUGUUAAUAGUCCAUUAGAACAAUAUAAUUGCGAAAAAAAAACCAAUUAUAAAGAAGAAUAUAAUAAUAAAAAAAAUAUAGAUAUAGAUAAUUUAUGUAAUAUAAAUAUAAAUGAGAUUUAUGAAAGUAUUAUACAUGAUAAUCUUGAUGAAGAUAUGUAUACUUAUAAUUAUGUAUGUAAGUCAGGAAAGGAAAAUUAUCCUAAUGAACAUUUUUUAAAGAUAGAUAAAGUCAUUCCUCCAUUCAAUAAAUGUGUUGAUUCUCUAAAUGAAAUUUGUGAUAAUUCAUUUAAGAAUUAUGAAAAAAAUAUAGUUAAAAAAGAAGAUACAAACAUGAAUAAUGAUUAUAAUGAAAAUGAAUGUGUAUACAAAGAACAAGGAAAAAAUGAAAAAGAAAUAGGGGAAGAAAAAGAGCUACAAAUAGAGGUAGAAAUAGAGAAAGAUGAAAAAGAAUGUGUAUUUGAAAAAAAGAAUAGCUAUGAAAACGAACAACCAGAAGCAACAGAAAAAGAAGAAAAGAAAGAUGAAAUAAAAGAUAUGUUCUUUGAAGAUAAGGAACAUAGCAUUAAUAAUUAUGUAAAUAUUGGGGUAAGUUAUACCAAGAAAAAUGAAGAAAAAAAAAGUGAAGGUAAUUAUAAUGAAACAGAAGACAUAAACAAAUACAUAAAAAUAAAUGAUGAUAAUAAAAAAGAACAUGAAAAUAGUUAUGAAUUAACAAAUGAAAUUAAGAAAAAAGAAUAUUUAAAUCAAACAAAAAUAGAAGAAGAAAAUAAUUUUCUAAAUUAUGCUACUUCAAACAAUAAUUACGAAUAUAUAAAAAAUAGAAAGGAAGAUGAAGAUAUUUUAUAUACUGAUGAAAUUAUUGAAAAUGAUUCAACUACAUUUGAUUCAAAUAAUUUAACUAAUAAAAUAAAUAAAGAAAUAGAAAUAAGCAAUAUAUAUACAAAAGAAAAAGAUGAUAAUGGAGAAAACGAAAAAAUUGAAAAUGAAGAAUUAGAUGAUGUAAUUGAAAAUAAUAUAAUUUUUAAUAUAUCUAGUUAUUUUAGUGGAAACUAUGAAGAGAUAAAUGACAAUGGAAAAGAAGAUAAAAUUUUUGAAGAAAAUAACAUGUUAAAUAACAGUAAUUUUGAUGAAAGUAGUAAAAUAAAAAUUGAAUACAAUAUAUUAAAAGAAGAUACCUUAUAUAAAAAUGAUAAUAUAAGAAAUAACAGUACUGAAAAUGUUGAACUAAAUAGCUCAAAUAAAGAUGUAACAAAUAUUUUUUUGAAAGAAUACAGCAUAAAUAAUGAUGAAUAUAAAUAUAUGAAUAGUUUGAGUGAAAAUAAAGAAAUCGAGUUAACAGAAUUUCAAAAAUAUAACAAUUAUAAAAAUGAAAAUAGCAUAAAAAUUGAAAAAAUUAAUACAUUUGAGGAUUAUGAAGAAGAAAAAUCGAAAAUUGUAGAUAUAGAAAAUAAUGAUAAUUUCAUGUCUAUCGAAAAUAAGACAGAAAAAAAAAAUAAUUCAUUUAAAAAUAAAAUUAAAAAAAAGACUGAGAUAAAAAAUAUUCAAGAAUUAAUUAAUUAUAUGAGCCAUAAUAUAAAAAAAAGUAAUAACACUUAA